GGAAGUAAACUAGUAUUUCCGGGUCGGUAGUCGCUGAGUUGGCUCAGUAGAAGGCUGGACCGGACCGGACCCGGGCCUGUUGGAGUCCUUUAGGUGUCGGUGUGUCGGUGUGUCGGUGAUGCGGGUCUGUGCGGGUCCCUGCGGGUCUGUGCUGGUCUGCCUGGCCAUGCUGGUCUCGGUUCUGCCCCCCCUCAGGGCCUGGGACGCGGAUCUGGAGCUUCUGGACCUGGUCGAGGAGAUCCCGCAGACCUUCUACCACUUCCUGUCCGUGGACCAGGUCUGUGAUAACCGUCUCCAUGGUAACAAGCUCACGCUAACAGCUGCGUGACACGCGCACGGACGAGAUAACGAACCUCAUCAGUGUGUGUUUGUGUGUGUGUGUCUGCGUGCCACUGUGUAUGUGCGUGUGUCCGUGUUAAUAUAUAAACAUGAGUUAAUGUGUGUGUGCGCGUGUGUGUGAUGGACCCCUUGUUACCGCUGAGGGGGGGUCACGUGACCCUGAUCACAACUAAACCUGAGUGUUCAGGUAGAGAGAGAGAGAGAGAGAGAGAGACAUUAAAACAGAGAGAGAGAGAGAGAGAGACAUUAAAACAAAGAGAGAGAGAGAGAGAGAGACAUUAAAACAAAGAGAGAGAGACAUUAAAACAAAGAGAGAGAGAGAGAGAGAGACAUUAAAACAAAGAGAGAGAGAGAGAGAGACAUUAAAACAGAGAGAGAGAGAGAGAGAGAGAGAGAGAGAGAGACAUUAAAACAGAGAGAGAGAGAGAGAGAGAGACAUUAAAACAAGAGAGAGAGAGACAUUAAAACAGAGAGAGAGAGAGAGAGAGACAUUAAAACAAAGAGAGAGAGAGAGAGAGACAUUAAAACAGAGAGAGAGAGAGAGAGAGAGAGAGAGAGAGAGACAUUAAAACAGAGAGAGAGAGAGAGAGAGAGACAUUAAAACAAAGAGAGAGAGAGAGAGAGACAUUAAAACAGAGAGAGAGAGAGAGAGAGAGAGAGAGAUUAAAAAACAGAGAGAGAGAGAGAGAGAGAGAGAGAGAGAGACAUUAAAACAAAGAGAGAGAGAGAGAGAGAGAGAGACAUUAAAACAGAGAGAGAGAGAGAGAGAGAGAGAGACAUUAAAACAGAGAGAGAGAGAGAGAGAGAGAGAGAGAGAGAGACAUUAAAACAAAGAGAGAGAGAGAGGGAGAGCGAAUAAAACAAAACCUGAAAAUCAGAAUCAUGAAAAUAAACAAGAACAGCAGCUCUGAGUUUAAACAGAGUUUACAGGGAGAUUUUCUUCAGCCAGUCAUGUCAUCAUGUCGUCAUGUCUUCAACAUGACUCCGAUCUUCGAUCAGUAAAGUUCGUCAAAAAGAUCGUUAGAGUCUGAACGUGGAGGAGGCGUCUUUACACCGAGUUAGUGAGGUCAGGUUCACUCUGAGUGACCCUCAACAUCUCUGAUCUAAUCUCAUCAGGUCCUCUGUUGUGUGUCUGUUCUGUGUCUGUUGUAAUGUGUCUGUUGUAAUGUGUCUGUUGUGUGUCUGUUGUGUGUCUGUUGUAAUGUGUCUGUUGUGUGUCUGUUGUUCCUUCAGGAUGCUUCAGCAGCAGAGAUUAAGAAAGCGUAUCGUCGACUGUCUCUGAUUUUACAUCCUGAUAAAAACAAAGAUGAAGACGCUGAGAACCAGUUCAGACAGGUAACACACACACUAACACACACACACUUACACACACACACUAACACACACACACACACACACUAACACACACACACACACACACACACUAACACACUAACACACACACACACACUAACACACACACUCUCACUUCCAUAAUCAGCUGAUCUUUGUUUGUUUUUCAGUUGGUCGCCAUUUAUGAAGUCCUGAAGGACGACGAGAGACGACAAAGGUAGGACCCUAACAUCUACAACAUCUACAUCUAGGACCCUAACAUCUACAACAUCUACAUCUAGGACCCUAACAUCUACAACAUCUACAUCUAGGACCCUAACAUCUACAACAUCUACAUCUAGGAUCCAUUCUCCUUAAAGGGAUAUUCUGGCAACACAACUCACCUACUCUCUUCCAGCAGACGCUUGUUUGUAGAGAGACCUCAGACCAGUCCAUUACGGACUACAGCGGGGUGCCGCAGCUCAAGGAAGAACAUUUAUGAUUAUUACUUUAUCAUUUCCUUGAAGUAAUAAUCACCAUAUUAAUCAUUUUACAGACGCAGUAGUUCUUCUGUCUUAGCGUCUCGGUCUGAUUGUAUUUCCAUGAAGAAAUGAUCAGAAAUGUUCUUCCUUGAGCUGCGUCACCCCGCUGUAGUCCCUAAUGGACUGGCCUGAGGUCUCUGUACAAACAAGCGUCUGCUGGAAGAGAGUAGGUGAGUUGUGUUUAGUCUUUUUGUUAAAGAAAUGAGUCAAAGUUAAAAAGAUGUUUGGUGUCUAGUCCUAUGUCUGUGACCCUAUAUGUCCUGUUGAUGAAGUUAGGUGCUGUUCUGAGCAUUAUUUGUGGCUAUAGAGUGGCGUUUUGGUUGGGGGCGUGGCUCUCUGUAUUUCUAUCCUGCGGUCGUUACUAAAGUUGGUAUAACUAGAGAAGGAAGCGGUCGACAACAUUCAUCUCUGGAGGGGGGGUCUAACUCGGGGUUACGGUGGGUUUGACCCUAAAUUAAUUUUACUCCGGAAUAUCCCUUUAACUGAGGAGCCAAACAACUGAGAGUCAUCGGUUCACUGAGAAGACAGGUAAUUACAAUGUUACAGUGGUGUGUGUGUGUGUGUGUGUGUGUGUGUGUGUGUGUGUGUGUGUGUGUGUGUGUGUGUGUGUGUGUGUAUUUAAAGGUACGAUGACAUCCUGGUGAACGGACUUCCUGAUUGGCGUCAGCCCGUUUUCUACUACAGGAGAGUGAGGAAGAUGAGUAACGCCGAGCUGGGCUUCCUCCUCUUCCUCAUCCUCACGGUCGGACACUACGCCGUCAUCUGGUCCAUCUACCUGGAGAAGCAGCUGGUGAGACAGCCAAUCAGCACACAGCACCUGUCAGUCAGUGAGAGAGCCAAUCAGCACGCAGCACCUGUCAGUCAGUAGAACCCCGAUGACCCUGGUCAUGUGAUCUGCGUGUUUUCAGGACGAGCUGCUGAGUAAAAAGAAGAAAGAGAAGAAGAAGAAAGUGAGCUCCAGACCUGCAGAAGACCUCAGGUGUAUCGGUCAGGACAGGUGAGGCUCUGACAUCAUCACACUUCCUGUUUUUAGAUGGUUUUUUUAACGUCGUCGUUUUUUUCAGGGUUCUUCCGGACCGACCGCACUGGCACGACAUCCUCCCCCUGAAACUGACCAUCUGGAUCUACCUGUCCGUCAAGAACCUGCCCGCCACCAUACAGGUACGUCAAAAAGCCCGCCCACACUGGACAGGUGAGUUACCUGUGAGGUCAGUGCCCAACGUCCCCGAACCUGAACCAGGUCUGACUAUCAAAUCCGGCCGUUUGAAGUCUCCUCUUAAAGGGUCUUUGAUGAGGUCUGGAUCCACCUGGUGGUCUUCUGAAGAACCCUGAACAGGAACUUACCUGGAUCACACACACCUGGCUGACAUUGUUGAACCUCAAGCUCUGCGAAUGUUCAGCGUUUGGAGAACCAGGAUGGUUGGAGGUCCAGGUCCGGUCUCCAGUCAUCCAGGAUCUCUGUAACCUGGUCUCCAGUCCUGGUUCUGUAACCCGGUCUCUUUUGUCCUCUGGUGGUCCAGGAGGUGAAGCAGUACUAUGAGGACUACCAGCAGCUGAAGCAGCAACAGAAAGAAGAAGCUGAAGCCGAACAGGAAGUUGUCACUAGUGAGUUUUGACCUGCUGACCCUCUCUCAUGUGAUUCCCCCUAACCCGGGAUUUCCAUCUCAUCCAGAACGGCUCAGAUCCAGAACGGCGGCAGUCCUCGCCAUCCGCAAACUCCUACUGGAUCCGUUUGUGAGGCAAAUGUUGUGGCGGGUUACAAACGGCGGGAAUCACGAGAAAUCACAAGUGGAUUCACGUUCAAUCUCUCGAUAACGAGUCGUCUCUCUAAAGACAGACACAUAGACAUAUAAGCAGUAGAUUGUGUCCUUCCAGAGGAGGAAAUCUACUUCUAGACUUCUAGAAUCAGCAUCUCCUCAUCCAUGGUGUCAUCGGGGUGAAAUGGCGUCUAAAAACCUUUCACUUGUUCGUCUCCGCCCGUUUGCAUGGUGUGAAAUACGAUCCUCCUGAAACACGGAGUGUUUUAUUUUGAAAAGAAGUCGGAUGUUUUAUUUUGUGUCUGUGCCCGACUUCCUUUCCAGCACGGGUUCAUCUGUGCUGAAUUUAUCCGCCAUGCUCCGGCGUCCAGAAAAAAUAGAACUCUUGUGAUCAGCUGAGGAGUCCGGCGAUCCUCAGAGGAACGGAAAGAAGUCGGUGUAAAUUGACACGUUAACUUGAAUGGUUACGAUCAGCUACGAUCGGAGGAUACGACCUUUUAGGAGACGAUCAGGAUGAAGGUGGAGGUCGGGGGUCAGCCUCAAGUGCGAUUCGAUGUGAAUCUGCGGGUUCUUGUGAGUUCUUGCGAUUACCGCUGUCCAUAACCCGCCACAAAAUUCGCCUCACAAACGGAUCUGGUAGGAAUUGGCUGAUGGCGAGAAUUCACCGCCGUUUCGAAUCGGAGCCGUUCAGGAUGUGGUUGAAAUCCCGGGGUAGAAUUUCCUGUAAUGGUCAUGUGAUCCUGGUUUGACCCGAUGUUUCGUUCAGAGGAGAAGCGGCCGAGGGCGAAGAAGCCGAAGGUCGAGUUUCCUGUUUACGAUCCGUCCGAGGAGAACUUUCAGAACUACGACCAGACCACGUCCAUCGAGGAGAUCGAGGACCAGAUGGACGACUGGCUGCAGGAGAGCCGGGCGAGCAAGAAGAAGGUGAGAGAGACCGGGGGCGGGCGGCGCCCUUUGAUUGACAGUUUCAUGAUCAAGUCGACAGACGGGUGAAAAAGAGUUACCUGAUGACUGUAAGUGUGUGUGUGUGUGUGUGUGUGUGUGUGUGUGUGUGUGUGUGUGUGUGUGUGUGUGUGUGUGUGUGUCCUCAGGCUGCUGACUGGUUGGAGGAGGAGCUUAGCCUCCUCAGCAGGUUGAUGGUUAAAUUCCCUGGAGGAACUCCGGGUCGCUGGGAGAAGAUUGCCCAGGAGCUGGGUCGCUCAGUGUCUGAGGUAAACCGGUUUAGACCAGCUGGUUCCUCCUGGUCAGCAGAUGUUCCUCAUGAUUUAGAGGUUCUGAAGGUCUGGAUCAGGUUCUCCUUCGUGUCUCAUUAAAGCUCCUUUAGAUCAAGAACGACUGUGUUUACAUCAGACUCUGAUCUUCAUGUUUUCAUGAGGAACAUCUGAAACAUCUGCUGAAACACUCCAUCUGUGUCCUCUACAGGUGACGGCCAAGGUCAAACAGGUGAAGGACAACGUGAACCAGAACUCAGGUACUCAGACUCUCAUCCUCCUGAUCCACCCUGAUCCUUCAGGAUGAGGGUCCACUUCAGAGAUAGACCUUCAGAAACAGGUUCUUUGGUCAGGACCAGGUUCUCCUUCCAUUGUCAGGAUGAGGUUCUCUGAGAUCCUCCUGUAAUUUAGGGUCAGGUCGGACUGUGAGGAUCAGGUUCUUCGAGGUUCCAGGAUUAGAUCUCUGAGGUUCCUCUUCGAUCUUCAGGACCAGGUUCUUGAAAGAACUUCAAGAUGAGUUUAUUUCUCAUGUUUGAGUUAAACCGGGUCAACGAUGUAAAAAAACGUCCUGGAUGAGAAGAUCGUUCGACUCAGAGGAGAACCGAUGAGAACUGAGAGGAACACGGAAAAAAUGAGAAACGAACAGACGAAUAAAAAUCAAAUAUUUACAGAGAGAACGAGGGAGAACGAGGGAGGAGAGAGAGAGAGAGAGAGAGAGAGAACGAGGGAGGAGAGAGAGGGAGAGAGAGAGAGAGAGGGAGAGAGAGGGAGAGAGAGAGAGAGAGAGAGAGAGAGAGAGAGAGAGAGAGAGAGAGAGAGAGAGAGAGAGAGAGAGAGAGAGGAGAGAGAGAGAGAGAGAGAGAGAGAGAGAGAGAGAGAGGGAGAGAGAGGGAGAGAGAGAGAGAGAAGAGAGGGAGAGAGGGAGAGAGAGAGAGAGAGAGAGAGAGAGACGAGGGAGGAGACAGAGAGAGAGAUAGAGAGAAGAGAGGGAGAGAACGAGAGAGAACGAGGGAGGAGAGAGAGAACGAGGAAGGGGAGAGAGAGAGAGAGAGAGACGAGGGAGGGAGACAGAGAGAGAGAGAGAGAGAGAGAGAGAGGGAGAGAGCGAGAGAGAACGAGGGAGGAGAGAGAGAGAGAGAGAGAGAACGAGGGAGGAGAGAGAGAACGAGGAAGGGGAGAGAGAGAGAGAGAGACGAGGGAGGAGAGAGAGAACGAGGGAGGAGAGAGAGAGAGAGAGAGAGAGAGAGAGAGAGAGAACGAGGGAGAGAGAGGGAGAGAGAGAGAGGGAGAGAGAGAGAGAGAGAGAGAGAGACUAGGGAGGGGGGAGAGAGAGAGAGAGGGAGAGAGAGAGAGAGAGAGAGAGAGACGAGGGAGGAGAGAGAGAGAGAGAGAGAGAGAGAGAGAGAGAGAGAGAGGGAGAGAGAGAACGAGGGAGGAGAGAGAGGGAGAGAGAGAGAGAGAGAGAGAGAGAGAAGAGAGGGAGGAGAGAGAGAACGAGGAAGGGGGAGAGAGAGAGAGAGAGAGAGAGAGAGAAGAGAGGGAGAGAACGAGAGAGAACGAGGGAGGAGAGAGAGAGAGAGGAGAGAGAGAACGAGAGAGAGAGAGAGAGAGAGAACGAGGGAGAGAGAGAGAGAGAGAGAGAGAGGGAGAGAGAGGGAGAGAGAGAGAGAGAAGAGAGGGAGAGAACGAGGGAGGAGAGAGAGAACGAGGAAGGGGAGAGAGAGAGAGAGAGAGACGAGGGAGGAGACAGAGAGAGAGAGAGAGAGAGAAGAGAGGGAGGAGAGAGAGAACGAGGAAGGGGAGAGAGAGAGAGAGAGACGAGGGAGGAGAGAGAGAACGAGGGAGGAGAGAGAGAGAGAGAGAGAGAGAGAGAGAGAGAGGGAGAGAGAGAGAGAGAGAACGAGGGAGGAGACGAGAGAGAGAGAACGAGGGAGGAGAGAGAAGGAGAGAGGGAGAGAGAGAGAGACGAGGGAGGAGAGAGAACGAGAGAGGAGAGAGAGAGAGAGAGAGACGAGGGAGGAGACAGAGAGAGAGAGAGAGAGAGAGAGAGAGACGAGGGAGGAGAGAGAACGAGAGAGGAGAGAGAACGAGAGAGAGAGAGAGAGAGAAUGAGACGGAGGAUAAAACAGAAGAGAAAUGAGGGAUGAGGAUCAUCAUCAGAUUAUCAGAUAUUCUACUUUUUUAAACAUGAUCAAUAAUGAUGGACGAAUAUCUGAACAUCACAGAUGAUUCUGGAAAUGAACGCGGUCAGAACUAGUGCUGCAACUAACCAUUAUUUGUUUGUCGACUAGUCGUCCGAUUAAUCACGAUCAAUCACGAUCUUCUUUAUUUAUAAACGCCUCUUUCCGGGGUGUCGUCGGCGUUUCAGGUGCUCAUGCAUCGCCGUGGUGCCGCCAUGGUAGGACAGCUGAGCUUUGAUCGACGUGUUUUUUUGGUUUGUUCUCCGUAAAAUGUUCCCAAACUUUUGAAGUUUUGGGUCGGGGUUUUGGAGCGUCUUCUUCAGUUUGUUCUGCCAUAAUGUGUGCACUCUUCUUCUGCGUUUGCCCGCGGGAUGUAAACAGCGAGCGUUACUGCCCCCAGCACAUCCUGUAGUGAACUGCAGUGAUAGAUGAGCGUGAGGCGCCGGCGUGUGAUUCUUAACAACAAUAACACGACGCGUCGACGCUUCGUUUUCGUGUCGAUGAAUUUGUCGUGUCGACGUAAUCGAUUACGUCGACUAAUCGUUGCAGCCCUAGUCAGAACCAGGUUCUUAAGUCAGGACCUGGUUCUUAACUCGUGACCCGGUUCUGUAGGUCCCGGUUCUGCAGGUUCUGAUGACCUCUGUGUGUUUUCUUGGACCAGGUCUGGUUAAACUCUCAGAGUUAAAAGGACCGCCUCCUCCUGUGAGGUCACUUCCUGUCCCCGAGGGCGUGAUGACACAGAAAGAGGGCGGAGCCUGUGUGGAGGAGCAGGUGGAGGGGGAGGAGUCAGCCGCUUCAGUCCGGAGGCGGAUCAGGAAACCAGCAGCCGAAGGUGGUGAGGCAAAGGGCAGAGGUCGCCGUCAGCGAGAUUUUGACCCCACAGCGGCGUUGGAGGAAGAGGAGGAGGGGGCGGGGCCUCAGGAUCAGGUCAAGGCUGAACCCGCCUGGACUCAGAACCAACAGAAACUUCUGGAACUGGCUCUGCAACAGUUCCCCCGAGGAACCGCCGAACGCUGGGACCGCAUCGCCAAGGUGGUCCCCGGGAAGUCCAAGGUAAGAAAGACCCCCCCCCUUCAGGUUAGACCGGAACCAGGACCAGGACCAGAACCAGAACCAGGACCAGGAGGAUUUAUUGAUUAAUGAAAAAAGAAGUUUUUAAUAAUGACAUCAUCACCAAGGACAAACCGAUCAAUACAUCAACAUGUCUGCAGCAACAUCAUUGAUCAAUACACCGAUCAGCUGAUCGUCUGACUGAUCCAUCUGUUGAUUGAUUAUUAAAGGGUUGAUUAAAGUAUCGAUUUAGUGAUUGAUUGACCCCCGCAGGGUUCUCUGGAUGUAUUGAUGGGUGUAUUGAUGUAUUGAUCAGUGUAUUGAUGACCUCGGUCCCUCUCUUCCAGGAGGAGUGUAUGAUCCGGUAUAAGAUGCUCGCAGAGUUGGUUCAGAAGAGGAAACAGGCGAAGAGCUGAUGAAGCGUGCUGAUUGGUUAAUCAUUGAACAGGUAAAGACCAGGUGACCCGUGGUCAGUGUUUGAACACCUGUCCAGGUGAGGUGCCUCCUGAUUGGACACUGAUGAUAUUUUUGUAUUUGUGUGACUCAGAGUCUCACCUGAUCAGGUGUGUUUUUAAAACAAAGGAAGCAGUAACCUGACCUCUGACCUUCCAGCUUCAUGUGCCUUAGCUCCGCCCAGCAUGCUGUCAAUCACCUCUAUUCAACUGAUCAAUAAAGUAUUUAUUAAACAGUUUGUUUU